AUGCCGACCCUCAACUCAAUCAGAACGCUACAACCACUCAACACAGAUCUCAACCCGGUCUCCAGUGGCCCCAUCGAGUGCGAUGUCCAAAAUAUCACAGCCAGAUUCUUCCUGAACCGCGACCUCGAGGAGCUCAUCCCUCCCAGAUAUCUGAGACUGGCAAACCAGACGCCAAAUGUCCAGCGUAGGGCUUGGGUCUUCAGAAGCGGCAACGAAUAUGCCCGUGGAGUGGACAUGGAAUGGUCCAAGGUGGACAUCCGUUAUAGAGGGGUCUUUCAGAGUCUCGUCAAGUGUCCGCACUUCACAAAAGGACUGUGGCAGGAUGGAUCUCAGGACUGUCGGUAUGAGUUACUCACAGGCCGAAUCAAAGCUCAGUCCCAGGUCAUCUACGCGUUGUUAAGCGAGAUUGGUAAGAUGAUUGAUCUCAAGCGGGAGACCUGUGAUGGGGAUGGUAUCUUCUACUUGACGCCUCAUUUGCUGGGUACUCAGAUGGAGUACUGGACAGGAUACCGUGAGAAACACAAAGAUGCACCCGAGACAGCGGGCUUCCUCUCUCUCAAGUUUAGUCCUGAUUCAUGGACCAGCCACACCAUUCUUCCGACCUCCACGGUACGCAAGAAGCAACAAGAUCCAUGUAAUCUUCAUGUCCAGCUGUCACAACUAACAGAAUUCAAGACCACCAAAGAACAGCCUCUUGCCUCCGCCCUCGCAGACAAAUUCAAGAUGAUGCUCGGCCAACUGCUGCAACACCUGCGAUACCUCCCUAACCCGGGCGACAAGCUCCCAGACCAGGAAGUAUUCCUGAUCGGUCUGCACGGCUCAAAGCUCCAUCUCAUGCGCACCUACUUCCCAGGCCAAAAAAUCUCCAGCCUGUGGUGUCGUCGCAAAAUCUCCAGCCCACUACCUGUAUUCUCAUCCGAAACAGUCCAAGCCCUAAGAUCUGUAUCCCCAGAGACUCCCUCCAGUCUACACGUUGAAGACUCCGUCGACGAGGAAGGCCAUGUUAGUAUCCCACUUUCCAGCACCGAUGCAAUGUCCCCUUUCACACCCGGCGGCAGCCGGUUCUACGGAACUGAGAACAUGGAGCGAGUACGCCAGCAAAUUCAAGCUAGCAAGAUGAAGCAGCUGGACAACGAACCCAACGUGCGUACCUUUCGCGUCCUGGCUUCACGUGAGUACGAUCUCUGGGACCAACAGGACUUUGCCGCCGCUGUCCAAAUGCUUGUCGCCUUGCACUUCUAUCUCCUGAGUGGGUUUGCCCGAUGCGGAACCCUGCAGCAAGUAUUCCAGAAGCAUCCCUACGUGGACGACACUUUGAGCCCUGACAGUGGGGCAGAUGUUGACCCGGCGCGCGAUGCUCGGGUGUAUCAUGAGUUGCACGCACAGGAGAUGUAUUUCGAGGAGAAGGAAGAGGAGCUUCGUCGCGAGGGGCUGAUUGCGCGCGAGGAGGCCGAUGAAGCUCACCGUCGGCGAGAGAGUAUGCGCAAUGCACAAGAUGAUCGCAUCGGUAGACUUCGUGAUGCUCGGCGGGACUGGUGGGAUUCUGUCUGGGAGGAUGAGUGCAUUCUCUUUCCUGAACCUAGACGUCCUCGAGGCGAUGAGGAGAUGAUCGUUGGCAAUGUCGACACUUGA